AUGGCUGAGUUUAUCGAUUCGAGUGCUGGGAAAAGUUCAGUAUUGGAGAACAUUGUCGGUCGUGAUUUCUUACCUCGUGGGACGGGUAUUGUGACGAGAAGGCCUCUCAUUCUUCAUUUAUCGCAUGUGCCACCUGAUGAUGAAAUCCGACGAAGAAAACCCGAUGGGACGUUGCUCACUGAGGACUGGGCGAUGUUUGAGCACACAGGCGGAAAGAUUUUCACUGACUUUGGGGAGGUUCGAAAGGAGAUUGAAACCGAAACUGAUAGACUUACUGGUUCCAAUAAGGGUAUCUCUCCUAUACCUAUAAUACUCAGAAUAUAUUCGAAAAAUGUAGUAAACUUGUCACUGGUUGAUCUGCCUGGAAUUACAAAGAUUCCCGUUGGAGACCAACCAGCUAACAUUGAGGUAAAGUUGACUUUGGUUGGUCGCAAGUUUUUACAAUCUCGCUCUUUCUUUAUAUAG